CGUCAUCGCAGAGCGACGAAACCUCACACGUGUUUCGCGUGUCUUUCGUGUUUUGUUCUUAUGGAACAGAUUGAUUUAUUUGAUUAAAUUAUUAAAAAAAGUCUUCAACACUGAAGACACAGAGAGCCGCGGCUGUGUAAGAAUCAAUAAUGGCGCAGAGGAAGAAGAAGAUGACGAGGAAGAAGAGAAACUCGCACGCGCACAGAGAUCAGAUUGAUUCCGAUGACGGAGAGUUUGAAGUGAUUGCUGGAAUUAAAGAUGAUGAUAACGACACACCCGGCCGGAGGCUUCCUCGCUUCCCGACCUCAUCCGAAUGUGUUUCUGACGUGGAGCCCGACACCAGAGAGAUGAUCAGAGCCCAGAACAAGAAGAAGAAAAAGUCUGGUGGAUUUCAGUCGAUGGGUCUCAGUUACCCCGUCUUUAAAGGCGUCAUAAAGAAGGGCUACAAGGUUCCUACACCUAUCCAGAGAAAGACGGUUCCAGUUAUUCUGGAUGGGAAGGACGUUGUGGCCAUGGCUCGGACGGGCAGCGGGAAAACCGCAGCUUUCCUGAUUCCCAUGUUUGAGAAGCUGAAGGCUCCACAGGCUCAGACGGGGGCACGAGCUCUGAUUCUCACCCCUACCAGAGAGCUCGCCCUGCAAACCAUGAAGUUCACUAAAGAGCUGGGGAAGUUUACCGGUCUUAAAACAGCUCUCAUUCUGGGUGGAGACAGCAUGGAUGAUCAGUUUGCAGCUCUUCAUGAAAACCCUGACAUUAUUAUUGGUACACCUGGUCGUCUGAUGCACGUUGUUAUGGAGAUGAAUCUGAAGCUUCAGGCUGUGGAGUAUGUGGUGUUUGAUGAAGCUGACAGGCUGUUUGAAAUGGGUUUUGCUGAUCAGCUGCAGGAAAUCAUCAGACGUCUUCCAGAUACUCGACAGACGCUGCUGUUCUCCGCCACGCUGCCCAAACUGCUGGUGGAGUUCGCCAGAGCGGGCCUCACAGAACCAGUUCUUAUUCGUCUGGACGUGGACACCAAACUUAGCGAUCAGCUGAAGCUUUCAUUCUUUCACCUGCGGUUAGAUGAUAAACCGGCUCUUCUGCUCCACCUGCUGAGAAACGUGGUGAAGCCUCAGGAACAGACGGUCGUGUUUGUAGCUACCAAACAUCACGUGGAGUAUCUCAGAGAGCUCCUGACGGUGGAGGGCAUCGACUGUGCUUACAUCUACAGCGCUCUGGAUCAGACGGCUCGCAAGAUCAACAUCGGUCGCUUCGUUCAUCGGAAGGCAAUGGUGCUGCUGGUCACAGACGUGGCGGCUCGUGGUAUCGACAUCCCCUUGUUAGAUAACGUCAUCAACUACAACUUCCCGUCUAAAGCCAAACUCUUCCUGCACAGAGUCGGUCGUGUGGCGCGUGCUGGUCGGGGUGGUACGGCUUACAGUCUCGUGUGUCCAGAUGAAGUCCCGUAUGUCUAUGAUCUUCAUCUCUUCUUGGGUCGACCCAUACAGCUGGCGGUCCCCGCACACACACAGGAGAGCGAUGGCGUGUUCGGUCGAGUUCCUCAGUGCAUUUUGGACGAUGAAGAAUCGCAGCUUCUCACUGCUCACGAGAGCUCUCUGGACCUUCAGACCCUCAGACGGAUCUCUGAGAACGCUUACAAACAGUACCUGAAGUCUCGACCCAACCCUUCGCCCGAGUCCUUCAAGCGAGUGAAGAACACAGAAUUUUCCUCCAUGGCCGUUCAUCCUCUGCUGGGUGCUGGACUGGAGCAGAAGGAGCUGGACAGACUCACUAUGGUCGACUGCAUUAAAGGAUACAAGGCAAAAUCUACGAUAUUUGAAAUCGACUCCAAUAACAAAACAAACGCCAGCGAGGUGAUGCGAGCCAAACGAUCACGAGACAGUCGAUUGGUCGACAAAUAUUCAAAAGCACGAGCACAGCUGACGGCAGAAUCGGCUGCUCACACGGCAACCAGAACAGAACCCAAACGCUAUGAUGAUGAAGAUGAGGAGUGUGAAGAUCUUCAGAAUGUUUUCUCAGAGGUUCUUGGUGGAAAAAGACGAAAUCAAGAUAUUGAAACAUACAGACCAAAGAGCAAAAAGAGCAGGAGAUCAGGGAAAGAUGAAGAAUUUUACAUCCCGUACAGACCUAAAGACUUUAACUCAGAGAGAGGAUUGAGUCUCGCAGGUGAUGCCAGCACUUUUGACCAGCAGGCGUCUUCUGCAGUCCUGGAUCUGAUGGGAGAUGAGAGCAACUCGAUGGACAAACACAAGACCAUGAUGAAAUGGGAUCGCAAAAGAAAAAGAUUUGUUCGUGAAACUGGCAAGGAGGAUAAAAACAAAAAGGUCCGAACAGAGAGCGGACAGAUUGUGACCAGCAAACGGAAGAAGAAGAACUUUUAUGAAGAGUGGAAGAAGAAGAACAAGAUCGAUGAUGGAGCGUCAGACUCGGAUGGAGGGACCGCUGGAGGGGACCGAGGGAGGAGAUUUAAGGGUCGUCGAGGGGGUCAGCGAGGAGGACCUUCGUCCCAGCCAGGCGGGCAGAAGAACGACUCACGGGUGCGAUCCGAGCUGAAGAGCCGGGAGCAGAUCCUAAAGCAACGCAAGCGUAAAGCCAAGCAGCAGUUCCAACAGGCCGGCGGGAUGAAGAAACUUCGUGCUAAAGGAAAACAACGUCUACAGGAAGUGAUGAAGUCUGGCUUUGGCCGCGGCGGCAACAAGAAAGGAAAGAUGAAGAAAAAACUUUGAGUCGAAUAAAAAAAAACCCCGUUAAAUCUCACAAUAACCCUUUUAUUUGAGCUGUACAAAA